GUGAAAGUAAAGAAAGCCUUUCUCCAUUUUUGAUUGAACGGUCACAACCUUUUCCACUUCCCUCUCUCUCUCUCUAUCUCUCUCUCUCGCCUCUUCAUUCAUGUGGUUGGAGGAAUUAUUAAUGAAGUGGGGACGAAAAGAAGAGAAGAAGAAGAGGAGGAGGAGCGUGUGAAGACAAAAGAACCAAGAUGAAGUGGAAGCCAUAGAAGGAGAUGCGCAAGGGAAAGCUCGUAUCUCUCACUUAGACACGCACGGAAUCCACCAUUGUGGCCAAGGCCCAAGGAUAUCGAUAAUAUGCUGCUCGGGAAGUCCCUUUCCAACACCAAGAAGUUCUUCCAAAGGACUCUAAAGAGCUUCAAGUCCUUCCUCUCCGGCGGCACUUACCAAAAACUGCCAAAAACACCAAGCCCCUUCGUCAACCCUUAUCCCAAUGCCAAUGGGAGCACUGUGUACCCUCCUCCCUCCAAGGACUCGGACCAAUUCUACGCCGACUUCACCGAUCGAUGGGACUCCGACAACGGCAACCAUCAUAAGGCAAAGAAGAGAGGCAAGGACAGGGCCGUCAUGUUCAUGGACACGGUUCAAGAAAAGGUGAACCGUGAAGCGAAUCCUCCUACGCAGUUGUCCUCGUCCAGGCCCACGACUCCAUCGAUGAAUGACCGCAGGCAGAGGAGAGAAUUCCCAGGCAAGAAGAUGGUGAGAAGCAGCUCUUCCCAUGCCAAGAGGAGAGAGGGCUCAUCAUGUUCCGAAAGUGUGAGGGAGGCGAAGAGUGGCUUGAUUGCACAGAAGCUGAAGGAGCUGGAGAAGAUGGACAUGAGCAACAUUGAUCACGUGCUAGACAUCGAAGAGGUCCUUCACUAUUACUCUCUCCUCACUUGCCCCGCCUAUCUCGAGAUUGUCGACAAGUUCUUCACCGAGAUGUAUGGCGAGCUCUUCGGGGUGCUGACGCCGGCAGCUCACGCAGGCCAAGGCCGCAAAAGAUGAAGUCCCUUUGCUUUCACCUUUCGGUUACAUCGGAAGACACCGCGAGAUGACACCGAAAGGGGAAAUGAACUGGGGUUGGUAAUGUUGUUGCCAUGGCUCUUUCACUUGAGGCUCACAUAUUCUCAGCAACAGCUAGCCUCAAUUCCUACUGGGGAAAUUCCAUGUCCUCAAAUUCUUUGUGGAGCUUUCCUCCUACAUUUGGAUGUACAUUGUAAUUUUUACUGAUCUGUUCAUAUAGAUUUGCCUCCAUAGCGUGGGUGGUUUCUCUUUGGAGUGCCCCCACUAGACAAGCGUUUUCUACAAUUGCAAUAAGAUACGGGAUUUUACUGCAUAA